CUGGCCGCGACACGUUGGGGCUCCGCAGUAACAGUAGAGGACCUUCCCGGGCACGGAACCCACGUCGUAGUUGUAGUUCCACGUGAGCUCGCCCCCGGCCCGCACCGCGCGGAGAGCGAAGAAAGACACCCACGGGAAGCGAGGGUCGUGCGUGUCCACGAACACGCUCGGCACGCACGAGUGCUGGGCAGUGCGAACAGACCGGUUAGUGUUGGAACGAAGGAGGUGUGGGGCAGUGGGAACAGACAGGUUAGUGUUGGAACGAAGGAGGUGUGGGGCAGUGGGAACAGACAGGUUAGUGUUGGAACGAAGGAGGUGUGGGGCAGUGGGAACAGACCGGUUAGUGUUGGAAUGAAGGAGGUGUGGGGCAGUGGGAACAGACCGGUUAGUGUUGGAAUGAAGGAGGUUUGGGGCAGUGGGAACAGACCGGUUAGUGUUGGAAUGAAGGAGGUGUGGGGCAGUGGGAACAGACCGGUUAGUGUUGGAAUGAAGGAGGUUUGGGGCAGUGGGAACAGACCGGUUAGUGUUGGAAUGAAGGAGGUGUGGGGCAGUGGGAACAGACCGGUUAGUGUUGGAACGAAGGAGGUAAGGGGCAGUGGGAACAGACCGGUUAGUGUUGGAACGAAGGAGGUGUGGGGCAGUGGGAACAGACCGGUUAGUGUUGGAACGAAGGAGGUGCUAGGUUGUGAUACACUUGGACGAAUGUUUGCAGGAAUAAGGACGUUGAAGACAUUUGAACCUUUCUGCACAGUGUAA